GAGGCUGCCCUGUUCCCGGGCUCAUCCCGCCUUGCGCGUGCGCAGACGAUAAACCAACGCCCCGGGAUUGAGGCGCGGGUUUAGUGGCGCGUUUUAGUGAAGUCGCACGUGAAGGAUAGCGUGGCCGGAGCCGGACCCAGCCAUGGCAGGCGCAGGCAGCAGUUCGCCACCGGGCAAGCAUCUGUUCAAAGUCAUCCUGAUGGUCCUUUUGGCCCUCAUCCUCCUCCACUCGGUGUCAUGCCAGUCCCAUCGCGACUUUGUGUCACCAGGCCAGCAGAAGAGGGAGGCCCCAGUUGACCUCUUGAGCCAGAUCGGACGAUCUGUGCGGGGAACAUUGGAUGCCUGGAUUGGGCCAGAAACCACGCACCUGGUUUCCGAGACCUUGGCUCAGGUGAUGUGGACCAUCUCAUCGGCCAUCUCUGUGGCCUUCUUCGCUCUGUCUGGAAUCGCUGCACAGCUGCUGAACGCCUUGGGGCUAGAAGGAGAUCACCUCACCCAGGGCCUGAAGCUCAGCCCUGGCCAGGUCCAGACCUUUCUGCUCUGGGGAGCCGGGGCCCUGGUUGCCUACUGGCUGUUGUCCCUGCUCCUCGGCCUGGUCUUGGCCUUGCUGGGGCGGAUCCUGUGGGGCCUGAAGCUUGUCCUCUUCCUGGCCGCCUUCGUGGCGCUGGUGAGGUCAGUGCCCGACCCUUCCACCCGGGCACUGCUCCUCCUGGCCCUGCUGACCCUCUACGCCUUGCUGAGCCGGCUCACUGGCACUCGGGCCUCGGGGGCCCAGCUGGAGGCCAAGGUGCGGGGGCUGGAGCGCCAGGUGGAGGAGCUGCGCUGGCGGCAGAGGCGCGCGGCCAAGGGGCCCCGCAGCGUGGAGGAGGAGUGACAGGGACGCCGCCAGAGGACGCCGCCUUCGUCCUACCAAAGAGCUGAGCUGCUUCUGGGUCGCACAGCCCUCCUUCCAGCCCCCUGCCCCUUUCUUGCCCUGUCUCUGAAUCGCCAGCACCUUUUUCUUGGCACCAGAUCCCGUGGCUGAGAGAGAGGCAGGCCGAACCCCGAUGGGCCUCAGGGACCCUGUCUCCCAAGGGUCUCUGCCUGGGGUUGGUUCUCUUAACCCUUUCUCUGUUCCCAGCCUGUCUGAGCCAGGGCAGGUUGGGGGGCCUCCCGCCAGCUUCUGCGUCUGCCCCGGGCCACCGUCACUGCCCACGGCCUCCGGGGCCUCAGCACCACCUUGCCUUUCUCCCAGUGCUCUUGCUGUCCUGUCCUUCUCUAGCUCCGCCUUUGCCAAGUCCCCGGCCUCCUGCCUCAUAGGCAGUCUUCUCCCAGCCCUGCCCUCCAGCCAGACCACGGUCUCUGCAGGCAUGCUCCCCUCCCCUCCAUUGCCCCGUGUGGGGAAGAGGCAGGGUGCGGGGGGCCUGAGGGGAAGGGAAGGUGGGGGAGUCCCCACAUGGGGUCGGGGCGGGACUACGCUGAGUCUGUUACAAGUGCCUUAAUCCGAGCCAGCAGGGCCUCUGCUUGCCCGUUGCUGCCCUACUGUAGGUAGGAAACUGCCCUGUGGCUGCUCUAUGUCAAGAGGAAAGGGAUUCCUCUCAGACUCUUGAUUCCCCUUCAGCCAAAGCAAAAGAUGACCGACUGCCUCGUAGGCUUGUGCCUGCAAGUAGGACCCGGCAGCGGCCAUCAGAUCCCCUGUGGGGAUUUCACAGACCCCCGAAGGAGGAAGGAGGGCUCGGCUUGACCACACAAUUCCAGACGGCUCUCCAUCCGUCUCUCUCCAUCGCUGCUACCAAGGAGUUGCUGAGCAGCGGCCUGGGAGGAGGAGCACAGAGCAGACGGGCAGCAGCGGCGAUGCGCCUCCCUCCCCUUUUCCUUCUCGAGCUCCUCCUUGGGAGCAGAGGCAGCCUGCCGCCUGAGCCCGCCCCACCAGAGCCCCGGUGGAAGUGGGUGGCCUCCUCUGCCAGGCCCAGCACAUGAUGUGAAGAGGAAAGAAAUGCCCAGUUCUUACUGUUGAGGUUGGAUGUGGAAUCACAGCUGCAGUGAUAUAUAUUUUUAUCAGCGCUUGGUUGGUUUUAAAUAAAGUGCACGCUAUUUUAUUA